UGUGCCAUGGAGACUCCACGCGUACGUCACACAAUAUUGGAGAGGGUACCAUGGGGAUUUUCUCCAUGGGCCGGUCCUCUCCACUGGGGAUUUAAAAGGCGGAGACAGACCUCAGAGCAGGGCGAAGUGAAAGCACUUUCCUCACCCUUCACUCUUAUCUCUGCCGCUGAUCUUUGUUGAUCACUGCCUGCCAUGUCCAUGGACGAGAAAGACCCCAAGAUGUACGAGGAGGUUGCACCGGCUGCUCCUGGCAAGGCUGGAGAGAUUGCCGUCGCCCCUCCCGCAGACUACAACGCACCAAAGGCCAAAACUGAACAGCUCGAAAACGCUCGUGGCUGGGAGUCGGACAACCUGAUCCACGACCUAGAGAAGGAGCUUGAGCUGUCUGGCUACAAGAAGGGCAUUUUCGACCUCGAGUUCAAGAACCCCAAGCACUUCACUUGGCUUCUUGUUGUUUUCGCGUCGAUGGGAGGUCUCCUCUCUGGACUCGACCAGUCGCUCAUCUCUGGUGCCAACCUGUUCCUGCCCGCGGAUCUCGGUCUUACAGACCAGCAAAACUCCCUUGUCAACUCCGGCAUGCCGCUAGGUGCUAUCGCUGGUGCUUUCCUCAUCUCGCCCUGCAACGAAUACUUUGGUCGCCGCUGGGCUAUCCUCAUCUCCUGCAUUCUAUACACUAUCGGUGGUGCUCUUGAGGCAGGCUCUAUGAACUAUGGCAUGAUCGUUGCCGCUCGUGUCAUCCUCGGCGCUGGUGUUGGCCUUGAGGGCGGCACAGUUCCGGUGUACGUCGCCGAGACGGUCGAAAGUCGCCUUCGUGGAAAUUUGGUCUCGCUCUACCAAUUCAACAUCGCUCUCGGCGAAGUACUUGGAUAUGCUGUCGCAGCAAUGUUCGUCAGCGUUCCUGGAAACUGGCGCUACAUCCUUGGUUCGUCGCUGGUCUUCUCUACCAUCAUGGGCGUCGGCAUUCUCUUCAUGCCCGAAUCUCCCCGUUUCUUGAUGCACAAGGGCAAAACACUCGAGUCCUUCAAGGUAUGGAAGCGUAUCCGUGGAAUCGAAACGCUGGAGACUCGUCAGGAGUUCUUCAUCAUGAAGGUCAGUACCGAGGAGGAAGAGGCCGAGGUCGCUGCCAGCCGUACCAACCGCUUCCCCUGGAUGGACUUCUUCACCAACCCCCGCGCUCGCCGUGCUAUUAUCUACGCCAACACUAUGAUCUUCCUCGGACAAUUUACUGGUAUUAAUGCAAUUAUGUAUUUUAUGUCGGUAUUGAUGCGACAGCUGGGGUUUGACGACUACGAGGCCAACUAUAUGUCCUUGGUCGGUGGUGGUUCUCUUCUGAUCGGUACCAUCCCUGCUAUCUUCCUCAUGGAGACUUGCGGUCGCCGCUUCUGGGCUAUUGCUAUGUUGCCUGGUUUCUUUGUUGGUCUUAUCCUGGUCGGGGCCUCUGACCAUCUUGGAGAAGGCAACGUCAACGGCAGACUCGCCAUGUACCUCACCGGACUGGUUCUCUACGAGCUCUUCUUCGGAUCUUACGCCGCCCUGACCUGGGUUAUUCCUUCUGAGGUAUACCCUACCUACCUCCGCUCCUACGGAAUGACCACCUCCACCGCAUGGCUCUUCCUGUCAUCGUUCAUCGUUACAUACAACUUCACCGGCAUGCAGAAGGCAUUCACCCCCACAGGCCUUACUCUUGGUUUCUACGGUGGUAUUGCAGUGAUUGGUUGGUUCUACCAGAUCUUCUUCAUGUACGAGACGAAGAACAAGACUCUUGAGGAGAUUGACCAGCUCUUCAUGAAGCCCACCAGUCAGCUUGUUAAGGAGAAUGCUGCAAGCUCCCUGGGUGUUACAAAAGACUUGCUUCAUGGACGCUUCAGGAAGGUGUUCAUUGAGAAUAACCGCCUGGAGUCAGAGUACUAGGGCGCGGGAGAUGAUAAGACGGAGAGUAACGAGUUAUGUCUGAAUGUCUGUCUCUGAUGAUGUAGUUGUUAUAUAUACUGUUGAACAAGAUUAAUUAUUCCA